CGGCGGCGGGGGGCGGCGGGGCCGGGCUCGGUCGGAGCGCGGAGGGCCCGCGUCAGGCGGAUCCCCCUGGAUUCAGCUCUGUCCCUGCAGAUCCAGCACCCACCCAGCUCAGGGGGUCCCGGCUCUGGGGGGGGGCCCGACCCUGUGUCCCCCCCCCCUUCCUGCCCGAGUGGCCCCCCCGGCAGGAGGAAGAAGCGGAGAAGGAGAAGGAGGAGGAGGAAUGGCGGCACCGUGGCGGGUACUGGAGCCCGCCCAAAAAUCCAUAAAAAUUUACUGAUCCCACCUUUUCUUACCCCAAACGAGCUUUACCUGGGCGAGAAGUAAGGCCAAAGGCUCCCACAGCAUGGCUCAGGCGAGUCUCCUGGCCUGCGAGGGGCUCUCAGGCGUCUGCCUCGUCCCCACUGUCGCCAGCAAGAAGAUGAUGCCCAAAUCCGGCGGGAAACAGGACGGGAGCCGGGAACGGGGCUCCAGCCCCGACCUCCUGUCCCUCCGCCAGGACCCCGACAAGCCCCGUGCCCGCAAGGAUGACGAUGUUCCUGAGGCCUCCAACCCCAAGAAAUCCUUGAAAAAGCGCCGCAAGCGGGUUCCCAGCGCCGAGGGACCCCCGAGCUCCUCCCGCCGAGGAUCCCAGGUUUGCCGCCGCGCCGCACGAGGAGGAGAAGGAGGAAGACAAUCUCCCAAACUCCGGCAGGCGCAGGACGGCCGGGGGGGGGGAUUUGGGGGGGCUGCUGGGGGUCUCCCCGGCUCUGAACCCCUAAAUCCCCCCCCAUUUCAGAUGGUGGUGAUUGAGCAAAACGGCUCCUUCCAGCUCAAGAACUUCAUCUGCGACCACUGUUUUGGCGCCUUCCGGAGCAGUUACCAUCUCAAACGGCACAUCCUCAUCCACACCGGGGAAAAGCCCUUCGAGUGUGACAUGUGCGACAUGCGCUUCAUCCAGAAGUACCACCUGGAGCGGCACAAGCGGGUGCACAGUGGGGAGAAGCCCUACCAGUGCGAGCGCUGCAUGCAGAGCUUCUCCCGCACGGACCGGCUGCUCCGACACAAGCGCAUGUGCCAAGGCUGCCAGACCAAGACCCCUCCUGACUCGCAGCUCCUGCUGUGAAAAUAUGGGAAUACCGGGAAGUUCAGGGGGUGUGGGAGGGGGGUGUUUCCUCCUGCACCCCCCACAUCACCAUGCUCUGCCUCACCUGGAUUUCUCACCCCCUCUAAGGAUGGGGAAGAACCUGUGCGCUGCCAGCAUGAAAAAACUUGGACCGUUCCUGCCCUCCAGCCUAAAAACUUGGAUUAUGAUCCCAAAAAUCCUUCUGGAAUCUUCAAGAGGCCCCCCCACCCCCAUCGUUAUACCCCUGAAUCCACCCCUCCCCCUCUUAAGAAAGACUGGGAACCCCCAAACUGCCUGAAAUCCUGGUGGAUCCGGGAUACCUGUGCACAGGUAGGAGGGUCCUGCUGGGAAUAGCAGCAUCAAUCCCUCUCUUCUUUGGGAAAAGGAGGGAAACUGAAGAUGUUGGGGGUGCUUCUGCUUGGGGGGUGGGUGCACCCCUUAGAUUUUUUUGGAAAAUAGGGGAAAAAAUGGAAUUUGGGGCCCUUCCUUGAGCAGCACUGCCCAUUUCCUCUGGAACGCCUUCAGAUUUUGGGGGAUUUCUCCUAUGUCCCCCCCUGCUGGAAGGUCUGCACCCUGGGUGGGGGGAGGGGGGCAAGGGGGUCCCCCAGUUUCCUGGAAAACCCUGUUCCAAGGGAAAGGAAAACAUUUGGAUCAGGGGGCAAAGGCAGGAGCAGCCAUAAGCCCCCAGAAACCAAAUAGGGGGCCCCUGCUUCCCCCCCACACCCCGUUUUGGGGGUGUCCCUGUCCCCCAUCACAGACUGCUCCAAGGGACAAGAGAGUUGUGCUCAUGUUUGUGCCCUGAGCCCCCUUUCUGGGCGUGCAGAAGUUGGGGGGAGGGGCAAAUUUUGGGGAACCUCCUCCACUGACACUUCAAGAAGGACUUUGGCUCUUCUGAGCCCAUUCCCCCAAAUUUGUGGGGCCCAGGGCAGCAGUUCCAGGU